CUAAAAGAAAAGGAAAUGACUUUUUUUGUGGUUGUGUGUGCGCGUGUGCAUGCGCUGCCGCGCUGGGGGCGGCUGGACGAGACGUGCUGGGGUCCCCCCGCCCCAGCACCGGCAGAAAGCGCCGAUCUGGCCGCCCCUGUCCCAUCCCCGCCGCCCCUGUCCCAUCCCCGCUGCCUCCGGCAGCACCGAGCCACCAACAUGUUCCAGAGGAAGCGCAGCGUCUCCUUCGGCGGCUACGGCUGGAUCGACAAGACAAUGCUGGCCAGCCUGAAGAUCAAGAAGCAGGAGCUGCUGAACAGCACGGAUGUGACCGUCCCGGAGCGGCCCCUGUCACCCCCUCUCACGGCCCCACCGACCAUGAAGUCAGCAGAAUUCUUCGAAAUGCUGGAAAAAAUGCAGGCACCAAAACUGGAAGAACAGAGGUCUGGAAGCCAAAAACACAAGGAAGACUACAUCCCAUACCCCAGCAUCGAUGAGAUCCUAGAGAAGGGUCGCCCGUACCCGCUGAUCAUCCUGCCCCAGUUUGGGGGAUACUGGAUAGAAGACCCAGAAAACCUUGGCACACCCACCUCAUCUGACAGCAGCAUUGGCGAGGAGGAGGAGGAAAACCUCAGCCCCAGCACCUAUGGCUACAAGCUGGAGUGCAAGGGAGAGGCCAGAGCCUACCGCAAGCAUUUCCUGGGGAAGGAUCAUUUAAAUUUCUACUGUACAGCCAGCAGCCUCGGAAAUCUGAUCCUUUCUGUUAAAUGCGAGGAGACAGAUGGCACAGAAUAUUUAAGGGUUAUACUCAGGUCCAAAGUGAAGACAUUGCAUGAAAGGAUUCCGUUGUCAGGAUUCAGCAAACUCCCGAGCAUCCCCCAGAUUGCAAAGGCUUUCUGUGACGAUGCCUCUGGGCUGAAGUUUAACCCAGUUCUCUACCCCAAGGCAUCCCAGAUGAUAGUGUCUUACGAUGAACAUGAGGUCAACAACACAUUCAAGUUUGGUGUGAUCUAUCAGAAGUUCAGGCAGACCCAAGAGGAGGAGCUGUUUGGCAAUAAUGAAGAGAGCACUGCUUUCAAGAACUUCUUAAGUUUUCUGGGAGACACCAUAACUCUCCAGGACUUCAAAGGUUUUCGAGGAGGCCUGGAUGUCAGCCAUGGGCAGACGGGAGCAGAGUCUGUGUACACGGUGUUCAGGGACAGGGAGAUAAUGUUUCAUGUCUCUACAAAGCUGCCUUUUACCGAAGGAGACACACAACAACUCCAGAGGAAGAGGCACAUUGGCAAUGACAUCGUGGCAAUUAUCUUCCAAGAGGAGAACACGCCAUUUGUCCCAGACAUGAUUGCCUCCAACUUCCUGCAUGCCUAUAUUGUGGUGCAGGUGGAAAACCCCGAGGCGGAUAAUACAGCAUACAAGGUAUCAGUCACAGCCCGGGAAGACGUUCCCUCCUUUGGCCCACCCCUGCCGAGCCCACCGGUGUUCCAGAAGAGCCCCGAGUUCCGAGAGUUCCUGCUGACCAAGCUCAUCAAUGCUGAGAAUGCCUGCUGCAAGUCCGACAAGUUUGCGAAGCUGGAGGACCGGACACGUGCUGCCUUGUUGGACAACCUUCACGAUGAGCUCCAUGGGCACACGCAGACCAUGCUGGGGCUGGGGCCCGAGGAGGACAAGCUGGAGAAUGGGGGUCAUGGAGGCUUUCUGGAGUCUUUCAAGAGAGCCAUCCGGGUGCGCAGCCACUCCAUGGAGACGAUGGUGGGCAGCCAGAAGAAGCACCAUGGCAGUGGCAUCCCAGGCAGCCUCAGUGGGGGCAUUGCACACAACAGCGGCGAGGUGACCAAGACCACCUUCUCGCCCCCUGUCCCAGCUGCUGCUGCCAAGAACCAGUCCAGGAGCCCCAUCAAGCGCCGGUCAGGGCUGUUCCCUCGCCUGCACACAACAUCGGAGAGCCAGGCGGAGAGCAGGACAAGGUGUGACAGUGUUUCUGGAGCCCAGAAGACACCAGAUUUGGGACAUUCUUCCCAAGAGAUGAAAUCUGAAACCUCAUCCAACCCCAGCUCCCCUGAAAUAUGUCCCAACAAAGACAGGCCUUUUAUCAAGCUGAAAGAGAACGGGCGGUCGAACAUCUCCCGUUCCUCCUCCAGCACCAGCAGCUUCAGCAGCACGGCAGGGGAGAGCGAGACCCUGGAGGAGUACGACAGCGUGGGGAGCCAGCCCUCCACCGCAUCACCAUUCAAGCAGGACGUGUUUGUGUACAGCGCUUCCCCUGGCAGUGAGAGCCCCGGCGUGGGGGCCAUGGCCACCCCUGUCAUCAUGAGCAGGAGCCCCACAGCAGAUAUAAAGAACAGAAACUCUCCAAGGUCCAACCUGAAGUUUCGCUUUGACAAACUCAGCCAUGGCAGCUCCAGCUUGAGCCACUAGCAGGAGGAAGUCAUGCACUUGUCACAGAAUGUUUCAACAAAGGGAAAAAUCUUCAACACCCCAUGGGACCACACACGCCCCGGCCAUGGGCAGCAAGGUGCCCUCAUCUGCUGGCUGCCAGAAAAGAGCUCUCACCUUGCUGCAGCCCUGUCCUGACAGGGACCAGCCACCUUCUCACCUGGUGUCCCCCUGUCCAGCACCCCCAGCUCUGUGUGUAGGAGGGGAUGUGUCUCUGACUGUGCUGUACACGUGUGGCCAGGGCCAUGUCCCCUUCUGCUGCUCUGCUGGGUCAUCCUGUGGUUGGUGGGCACCGUCCAUUCCCCCCAUCCCUGGGUUGUCUGGCAGCUCCUUUUGGGCAGAGGGGCAGCAGGAGAGACCUCUGCAUAGUUUAGGUCCCUCCAUGCUUUAUUUGCAAUUACCAGUGGGGAAACAGGGGUUUAUGUUUGUUUUUUUGAAGCAUGGGAGGUCAGGCCAAAGUUAGGUGUUAGUGGCUCUGGGGCAGUUUGCCCUCCAACAUGUUUGCUGUUGCUCUUCUCUGGGGGCAGUAGGGCAAAACCUCCCUAGGGGGGUCCUGGGCAUCUCUCCCUGGAGUGAGGUCUGCAGUGUCUCUUCAGCCAUCCCCCAGCUCCUACCUACACCCCAAAACUCUUGGGGCAGAGGCAGCCCCCCACUCCAAACUUAUUCAGUUUCUUGCACAAGCGGCAGGUGAGUGACUUGGCUCAGGGAGUGGAGCUGGGGACUGCAGCCACCUCAUCCUCCUUGGCAGGUUUGUCCUCCCUGCUUUGUCCCUGCCUGACACUGAGCACAGGCCUGGUAAAUGUGACCCAAAGCUAAAGCUGGGGUGUAUCACAGCUUUAGCUUUUCUAAGUACUAGAACUGGCACCAGAGGGGAUUUACCUCGUGGGCUCUGCUUUGCCCUGUGGCUUGGAUCACCAGGCAAAUGCAUAAAAUUCCAAUGAUUUGUGAGGCAUUAGGCUGAUCCAGCCCUUGCAGUCUGUCCUGCUGCUUUUGAGCAAGCUCUUGUUGUUCUGAAAGGAUUAUAGAUUCUGCAAGGUAACUUUCCCAUAUUACCCUUUCCCAGAAAAUACCUCACUCAACACGCCAAGAAAUCCUUUUGCUCCUUUAUGGAACUUCAUGUGAAGUUUCCUGAAGCCUGUCCGUAAAUUUCACGUUGCUCGUAGAUUUCCAGUACCCAUUUUCUGGAAGACAGGCCAUGAUGCUGCAGAGAUAUUCCCCCCUGUCCCCUGACCUUUGGAAACCCUCAUGAAAUCAGGUUCUCAGUCUCAAGUGAACACAGUUCUUCAAGUUUGUGAUUCCUACUAAAACGGGACUUUGAGUGCCAAAGUCACCCCGUGGGCACUCCAAGGUGCACAGAGUACCUGACAUCCUGUUGCAGAGCUGUGCUCCUGGAGCAGCCCUGGGCACACACCGUGGCUGUGGCUGUUCCUGCUUUCCUCUCUGGGGCAAGUGCUUAUAGGAUUCAACCAUCACCUCCCCUCCUCCCUGUCAUCUCCCUGGGCCAGAGAUGAACCAAGCCUUGCAGAACCUGCUCUGCUCACCCUGGUCCUGCAGGGAGGUGCUCUCCAAGAGCCUUAUGAUCCAGUUCAUGCAGGUGCUCUGCUCAUGCUGUAAUUAAUCCAUGUGGGAAGGCUGUAGCUGUGAUGGGAGGGCAACCAGCUUAAAGAAGAACAGUUGUGAAAAGGCAGGGAACAGUUUCACCAGCCCUAGGUGCUGUGUAGGACUAGUAAAUAUCAAUAACUCCUGUGGGGACGCUCCCUUCUGCUCCCAGCCAGUUGCAUUUCAAUAGACUUUAAGCCUUGAGUUUCCUCUGGAAAAGGAGCAUGCAGCAUGCUCAGUCCAGCCUGUAGCUGUAGGUGUCUCAGGAUCACACACUUUGCUGUUUGGCACUUGUCUGAUGAUGCUUCAGUAGCACUUUCAAACCCACCCCCAGUUCUUCUCUUGGAAGCUUUGGUCUGAUUUCCUGAGGCUGCACAGUGAAACACUGACUGGUGCAAUGACUUGCUCCCAGGGUCUGCUCUGGGUUUGCUUUUUCCUCUGAGAAGUCACUUGGUUCUGUAGCUGUUGUCAUUCCUAUGGGUGUUGAUCUCUGUGAGAUCUUUCAGCAGACGAUUCAGUGGCUACUGUCAGCUGGUUUGCCAUUUUUGAUUGUUUUGUUGCUUUUUUUCUUUCACUUGAAACUGUGACUUUCCUUUUUGACCUGGAUUGAUCUGGGAGUUGUUCAAGUGGGACGAAAGGCAGAAGAGUGUGAAGCCUCAGGGAGAGUUGCAGUGUUGUUGCAGUCAGUCCUGCGCCAGCCCAUGGAGCAGCGGUGGGGCUGGGGGCCGGCAUGAGCUUUGCCAGCAGCUCCUGUGGGACGUUUCCAGCAGCACUCCUCACCAAAGGCCUGAAACCUGCUGCACUCCUUAGCAGCAGCUGGGCUUUGGAUGCUCCGGUCCCCACCCGCAGCUGCCUGUGCUGGCCUGCGCCUCCCAUCCAGGAGUGUCCUGGGUUGUCUGGGGCGGUUCUGAGGCUGAGCAGUGCUUGAGGAACAUCCUGGGGACUUCUGCACUUCCAGCAGUGGCUGAAGGUGUUCCUGUAUAUAUUUUGCAAAAUGUUUUGUGAGUAUAAGUGACACACAUCUAUACAGAUAUAAAAGGGAGAUAUAUAUAUAUAUGUAUAAAAUAUAUAUAUUUAUAUAUAUAUAAAGGAAAGGAUCCUGAACUGACACUAGAAUUAUUGGGCAGUGCAUUUUCCUUUCUAAUUCCACUGUUUCCAUGCACACAACUUCUGCCCUCCUCAGAAAUGACAUUGCAGAGGGAGCAGAGGGGGCUCAGAAACGCCUUAGGGAGGUGAUGGGGAAGCCUCUGCUGUGUGGAAAAGUCUCUGUUGCUGGGGGCUGCUCCCCUUCCUGCCAGGGCCUGGGUCCUUGCUUGCUCCUGCUGCAGCCUCCUGCCCGUUCAGAUCAGCUCCUGCGCUGGGUGAGCGGCGGUGGCAGCUCAGGUGCAGCUCCACACCUGGUGCCGCUGGCUCCGAGUCCUUGUGCAGAGUGGGCUGGGACCCCUUCCCCUGCAGCAGCAUCCCCUCUGCAGCAUCCCCUCUGUCAGGGGCUGAUGUGCAGCUGCCACGGGCUGGCAGAACUGCUGCUCUGGCUGGCCUUCCAUUCAGGAAAGCGCUUGGCACGUACUUGCUGCUUCUCAAAACCCCACAGAGAAAAGCACAACACAGAGGUGCUUUUUUUGAGGGAAGCAGGGGAUCCUAAGCACAAACUCAGUUUCUUUCCAGAGUUUUGAGGGGCUUCAAGAACGGCAGGUAAGGGGCCAGGAGAUGUGUCUGCCACAAAGGGGCUGUGCCAGGGGCAGGGAUCUCCUGGCUGUGCUCGGUGCUGCCAGAGCUGGGGCAGAGCCCGGCACCUCUGCAGGUCCCAGCUGUGCUCCCACUGCUCUGCUGCUGCUCCAGCCUCUGCCCCAGCAUGCUUUCAUUGCCUUCAAUGAAUGUAGCACUGCGAAUGUCCUGCAAAGGGAAAUGCUGGAUUUAUAUCAGAGAAUGUGAAGAGUUUAUAGAGUGAAAAUAAAUCUUGAUGAAAUGUAUCUGACAAAGUUUAUUUUUGAUGUAGAGAGGCAGUGCUUUGUAGUUUUUGGUGAUCUAUGUCUGUUGUAAAUAAUGUAUAUUUAAUUUAUUGCUAUGGUAGCAGAUUGUUAUGUAUAAAACUAAAGGUUCACAAAUGUAUAUUUUGUUGCUUAAAUGUGUCUUUGCAAAAUUCACAAUAAAUAACAUAUUUUGUGUCCAUAUA